AAAUGAACCACAAACAGUUUAAAACCUCAGAGACAUUUCUGCAGUCUUCACUUGCUCUUCUCACAGCAUAGAUAACGCUCCGUACAGUGAGCUCAGCGAAACUCGGCUGUAUUUCACCGUGAUGUCACUCAGAAUGACUCCUCCUCUUCCUCUGGUCUUCCUGCUCAUGAUUGUUGGAGCUUCUAGAACAGAGUGGAGUGUGAAGUACAACCAACAGAAAAUCUGUGCUUUAAAUGGAUCCACAGUGUUUAUGAACGGAACUUUUACUCACCCAGAAGGUCUCACAGUGACGGAGACUUUCUGGUUCAUAGACCCAGUUAAGGGUGUGGAGCCGACUGAUCUGAGUAAAGACCCAGUUUAUUCAGGCAGAGUCAAGUUUUUAACUGAUGAUCAGAAACACUUCUCCCUCAAACUGAGUGAUGUGAUGAAGAAGGAUGAACAUCGGUUCUACUUCAGAAUCAUAACAAAUGAAGAAAAAGAAAGAUGGGCAGGUGAACCUGGAGUUCAGCUCAGAGUUACAGAGCUCCGUGUAAAAGCUCCUGAAGAAGUGACCGAGGGACAAACAGCAGAUCUGACAUGUAAGACCACCUGCAGUCUGACUGACCCAUUCAUCUGGUACAAAAAUGGACAUCCUUUAACCACAAAGACCAUCAAGAACAACCAGCUCCACCUGCAGACGGUCAGCAGUGAGGAUGCAGGCAGUUAUAGCUGUGCUGUAGGAGGAUCUCAACACCUCCGCUCUACUGCUCACAGCCUCAGAGUCAGAUAUCCUCCAAAGAGUGUCUCAGUGUCCAUCAGUCCCUCUGGUGAAAUAGUGGAGGGCAGUUCAGUGACUCUGACCUGCAGCAGUGAUGGAAACCCACCUGUGAAGAUCUACACCUGGUUUAAAGAAGGUGGAACCUCACCUGUAGGAUCUGGACAGAAUUACAGCAUCAUCAGCAUCACUGCUGACCACACUGGACUGUACUACUGUGAAGCUCAGAAUGACCAUGGAGCUCUGAAUGGAACUGUGAUGGUCACUCUGAAGAGGCAGAACUUGUUUGCUGUUUGGAUUGCAGUUGGAGUAGGAAGUUUUGUGCUUCUGCUCAUUACUGUUUUAAUCUGCAUCUUCAGAAUGAAGAAAACACAUGAAACUAAUCACAACAAGUCAAAACAGGAUGAAAACAUCUACACCACCGUUACACACAGCACAUCCAGACCUGUACAGGCUGCUGACUCUGGAGCUGAUGAUGCUCAGUAUGCAACAAUCCAAAAGAGGAACGAUCAAGUGACUAGCAAUGACCAGCAGGGGGACCCCCAAUAUGCUAGCGUUACAUUCCGCCACCGCACUGCCAACACUGAGUCACCAACUCAGAAUGUGGAAGAUCCCUCAGUGAUUUACAGCACAGUCAGAAAAGAUUAGAUCUGCUAUACGGAGAGAGAGAGAGUUGGUAUGAAUGGAGUUUUGGAGCAUCAGGCUGGUCGUUGUUAGUGUCUCACACUGAACUGUUAGUCGUAAAGAGGAAUGUUACUGUUCAAACUUUAAAAGUUU